AUGGAGCAGCAGGCGCAUAAGCCCCAUAGGAAGUCGAAGGAGAAGAAGCCGCAGCAGACUGGGGAACGCAAUCCCAAAGCCUUUGCUUUUGCCAAUCCCGGAAAGCUUCAGCGCAGUGCGGCACGAUCGCAGGAUAUCAAAGAGAAACGCCUCCAUGUGCCCCUCGUCGACCGACUGCCUGAGGAAGCUCCCCCCCGUCUUGUCGCCAUCGUCGGCCCGCCAGGCGUAGGCAAGACGACGCUCCUCAAGUCGUUAAUCCGCCGAUACUCCAAGGAAACUAUCUCGGACCCUCAGGGCCCUAUAACCGUCGUCACCUCCAAGAAGCAGCGCCUGACCUUCCUCGAGUGCCCCAACGAGCUCGAGGCCAUGGUCGACGUCGCCAAGGUGGCCGAUAUCGUGCUGCUCAUGAUUGACGGAAACUACGGCUUCGAGAUGGAGACGAUGGAGUUCCUCAACGUCCUGUCGGCCACGGGUAUGCCCGGAAACGUCUUUGGCAUCCUCACCCAUCUCGACCUGUUCCGCAAGCCCCAGGCCCUCAAGGACGCCAAGAAGCGCCUCAAGCGCCGUCUGUGGAGCGAGCUCUACCAGGGCGCCCACCUCUUCUACCUCUCCGGUGUCCUGAACGGCCGCUACCCGGAUCGCGAGGUCCACAACCUCUCCCGCUUCCUCUCCGUCAUGAAAAACCCGCGUCCCCUCAUCUGGCGCAACUCCCACCCCUACGCCCUCGUCGACAGCUUCCGCGACAUCACCCACCCCACCAAGAUCGAGGAGGACCCCAAGUGCGACCGUUCCAUCGUCUUGUCCGGCUACCUCCGCGGCACAAACUUCUCGCAGAGCCAGAGGGUCCACGUCCCCGGCCUGGGAGACUUUACCGUCGCUAACAUGGAGGUCUUACCCGACCCCUGCCCCACGCCCGCCAUGGAGCAGGCCAUGGCCAAGAUUACCGGCAAGACCGGUCGCCGGAGGCUCGAUGAGAAGGAGAAGAAGCUCCACGCCCCCAUGUCGGAUCGCAGCGGACUCAAGAUUGACGGCGACGCCAUCUGGAUCACCAAGGAGAAGGGCUUCUCCUUCAACAAGGACGAAGAGGAUGUCGAGCGUGGAGAGGGUGAGGAGAUGAUUGUCGGCCUCCAGGCCGAGCGCAAGCUUCUCGGCCAGGCUGAGAACGGUGUCCAGCUCUUCGAAGGUGGCGAGAAGAUCAAGGAUGCUCCCCAAGAAAAAGGUGACACGGGCCGUAAGACACAGCGUGUAGCUCGCAUGGCCGAGCACGAUAGCGAUAACGACGCAGAUGGUGACGAGGACGACUUGGAGAGCGGCAGUGAUAACGACGGCAACGAGGACCCCGAUGAGGACGAGUUCAAUGAGGAGAAACUAGGCAGCAUGUUCCGCAAGAACACCGACAAGGAAUCGGCCAAAGAUGGUGACAUUGCAUUUGCCGAUAGUGAUUCUGACCUCGGGUCAUUAUCGGGAGACGACGAUGACGCUGCCCUCAGAUGGAAGGACGACCUAGAAGCCAAGGCGCUGAAGCUGUACGGAAAGAGGCGCUCAUAUCACACUGGUGACCUCGCCCGGCUCAUGUACGAUGAGUCCAUGACAGCGGAAGAGGCCCUGAAGCGAUGGAAGGGCGGAGACGAGGAGGAGGAGGAGGAGGAGGACAUUACGGCGGAGGAUGAUGACGACUUCUUCCAGAAGUCGAAGCAAGAGGCCGAGGACCUCGUCGAGGACCGAGCGAUACCCCAGUACGACUACGAGGAUCUGGCGGCCAAGUGGGCCGAGGAGGGCAAAAUUGCGGCUCUACGAAAGCGGUUCGCAACUAGUCUAUCGCGAGGCGGCGGCGGCGAGGACGGCGAGGGUGAGGGCGAUGACGACGAGGAAUUCGACGGGUUCGAUGAGGAUGGCGACGACAACGACGAGGGCGACGGUGUCUUUGAGGAUCUCGAGGCGGGUGCAGCAGCAGCAGCGCCGCAGCAGCAGACGGCGGAUGAGAUUGCGGCGGAGCGCGCGAAGAACGCGGAGCGCAAAGAAGAGCUGAAGCAGCGGUUCGAGGAGGAGGAUCGUGACGGAUUUCUGAACGACAAGGCCAACGCGCGGCGCGAGGGCGGCAACAUCCACGAAUUCGGCGAGGACGACUGGUACGACGCGCAGAAGGCGAUGCUCCAGAAGCAGCAGGACAUCAACAAGGAGGAGUUCUCCGAGCUGGACGAGCGGCAGCGCGAGGCGGUGGAGGGCUACCGGGCGGGCAAGUACGCCAAGAUCGUUCUGGAGGGGGUGCCGGCCGAGUUCACGGAGCGGUUCUCGGCCCACACGCCCAUCGUGGUCGGGGGCCUGACGCCGACGGAGGACCGGUUCGGGUACCUGCAGGUGCGGAUCAAGCGGCACAGGUGGCACAAGCGGAUCCUCAAGACCAACGACCCGCUCAUCUUCUCACUUGGGUGGCGGCGGUUCCAGUCGAUGCCCAUCUACAGCCUGACGGACUCGCGCACGCGCAGCCGCAUGCUCAAGUACACGCCGGAGCACAUGCACUGCUUCGCGACCUUUUACGGCCCGCUGAUCGCGCCCAACACGGGGUUCGCGUGCUUUAAUACUAUGUCGUCAUCGCUGUCAUCGUCGUCGUCGGCGCCCACGACGACGGGGUUUCGCAUCGCAGCCACGGGCAGCGUCAUGAGCGUCGACGAGUCGACCGAGAUCGUCAAGAAGCUCAAGCUCACCGGCACGCCGUACAAGAUCUACAAGAACACAGCCUUCAUCAAGGACAUGUUCUCGUCGUCGCUGGAGAUUGCCAAGUUCGAGGGUGCAGCCAUCAAGACGGUCUCGGGAAUCAGGGGCCAGAUCAAGCGCGCCUUGUCCAAGCCGGACGGCCACUUCCGCGCCACGUUUGAGGACAAGAUCCUCGUCAGCGACAUCGUCUUCCUGCGCGCCUGGUACCCCGUCAAACCCCACAGGCUGUACAACCCCGUCAACAACCUGAUCGGGUGGCGCGCCAUGCGCCUGACCGGCCAGGUCCGCCGCGACGAGGGCGUCGACACCCCCCAGCCCCGCAACAGCCAGUACCGCCCCGUCGAGCGGGAGACCCGCAACUUCAACUCGCUCCGCGUGCCCCGCGCCCUCGCCGCCAGCCUCCCCUACAAGUCCCAGAUCGUCGAGACGAAGCCCCAGCGCAAGCAGACGUACAUGCAGAAGCGCGCCGUCGUCGCCACCGCCGGCCCCGCCGGCGCAGAGGAGAAGAAGGCCCGCGCCUUCAUGCAGCAGCUCCUCACCGUCCGCAACGACGCCGCCGCCAAGCGCCGCGCCAAGAAGGCAGAGAACCACGCCGCCUUCCAGAAGAAGAUGGCCGACAACCUCGAGAAGAAGCAGGCCAGGGAGAAGAGGGAGUCCAAGGAGUUCUGGAGCAAGAAUGGUAGGAAGAGAGCGGCUGCUGACGAUGGAGGCAGUUCGAGGAAGAGGCGUUAA